AUGGACAAGCUGGGACUGGUUUUUGGAAAAGGGCUCCAGGCUGUUUCUCUUGGCAACUUCCUGCCCUGCUCCUCCCUGACAAAACACCCAGGGCCCCCAGGAGAGGGAUGCUAUGGGGAGCAAAUUGGCACAAUCCAGACUGGGGAAGUAUCUCCAAGUCCUUCUUUGUAUCUGCAGGGACAACCUUCCUUCAGGACCACUUGGGUUCAAAGAGGGAGUCCCCCAAUUGCACGACUGGGAUGCCACGGCCAACCUGCUUCCUUUGCCUUUUUGCAAAAGCCAGCUUUCCCUCACCUGGCUGGGACGCACCUGCCACUCCGCCUCCCUGCUGGCCCCACCCUUCCCCAGCCAGCCCUGCCUCACUGCAGGUGGCUCCGGGCCAGGGUGAGCAGUGAGCAAACAGCUGUGGAGGGAGCCUCCUCCCCCUCUCUUCCUCCAAAGAGUGCCCAGGAAAGCCGGGCAUUCACUCGCUUGGCGGCUGCUCUUCCUGGUGUACUCCCAGCUGGCUCUCCCCUGUACAGCUCUCCCACCAUGUCAGGCCACCCCACCAACCUGAGAGUGAAGCUGCCCCUGCUCUGCGCUCUCCUGCAGCUGGCCACAGUCCUCCUGUUUGCCUUUUUCGUCCAGUAUGACAGCCACACCAGCCCCCGGCUGUGGCACGAGGAGAUGCAGUUGCACAGCAAAGGCCCUCUGGACAACGAAUUCUACCCACGCUACCCAAGUGAGUAUCUCCCGCACAGGAGAUGCCCUCCUGCCAGGGUGCCAGGUCCAAGCUGGGAGCACAGGAGGAACAAGGGCCCAGGAAAACGCCCCCUCUUUGCCAAAUCUGUGGCAUGGUGCCCCUCCUGCCUAGGAUGAGCCAGGACCCUUCCCCCAAAUG